AUGCCAAAUGAAAGGAUGAUGAGGUUUAGGGUUUGCGUGAAACCAAUGAGUGACAGCGAAGGUGCUCCAGAGGAGGUCACGAUGGUCGAGGGCCGCGAUGCCGCGGAGAUUGCUCGAAAGCAAGAACGCGACACCGAGAAGAGGAUAGCGUCCGAGGCGAAAUCCAAGAGACGCAAGCGGGACGAGCGUAAUAGAGAGGCAAAGCUAAUGAAAUUGGAGAAGAAAGCGAAGAAGCUGGAAGAAAGAGAAAGGAAAGAAGAAGAUCUUGUCGAGAACGAUUCCGAUCCCGAGGCUGGAGUUUUGGCCAUGAAAAACUCGGGCUUCCUGGACGAGAGCGUUGUCCAGUUCCUCAUAGACAAGGAGCGGAAGGAAGCGACGAAUGUAUGCGAUGCUCAACCGACGGAGUCGAGGCCCAAGCGAAAGACCAAGAAGAAAGUUGCGAGCAUCUCAAUCAAUGACAGAACCAAGCUCGUUGUGCUGAAUGACACCCCGUCUCAUGCACGGAAAGGCUCAGACUUUCUCAAGCAAAGACUUCAAGGGUCACAUAUACAACGUUCCAAUAUCAUGCUCAGACCAAAAUCUCAGAAAAAAAGGUUUUGAAAGGAAAGUCUACAAAAUCAACUGGUAAGCAUCCGCUGGAUUUCAAACAUCUCAAGCACUAGCCAAGCGCCUGUUUCCAGUCUUCUUAAAAUCCGGACAACGUUUAACACCUCUAUACUCAUCACUCUUUGAAUACGUAAGAGCACUGUUUGCAGCUACGUUUCCAGUUUUAUUGUUAAAAUCGUUAAGAAGCUCGCAGCCUAUACACAAGGUACUUUUAUUUGCUCUCGCACAAUUCUCAGGACGGGAUGUACUCUAUAGACAGAGGGAUUUGAGCGCCUGGCUGCGCGAUGGACGUGAAAGUCGACUGGGUGCUGUGAAAAGUAUAGCAUGCCGAGCAUGUCCCGACCACUCUGACCACCGCUCUCACUCCAAAACCACGGUUAUAGUCACUGGUGAGAUUGUAGCUCCUCAAGCACGCGCUGGAGGGGCCAUUGAAAAUCGCCUGGCUAUUUGCUAGAGCCUGGCCUCGGCUCCAUCCACUUCGAGGACAAGGUGUGUAAGCUGGAACACGCAAACAACAUGAACACCCAGAGUUCCCCGGGGCCCUUGGCAAGCAGCAAGCUGCGCAAGGAGAAGAAUUGCUACGGCCAAAACUAGCGCUCGCUCCAUAGAUGUGAGUGACAUAAGUUCGAUUGGUUCGGGUUUUAAACACUCCACCGAGAGUUUGAGUCAAAUUGUACUAGCACAUCAACUUUGAACUUAAGACAAUGUAGUGUAA